GCUCUUGCAGACUUGGACGCACAGAAUGGUGAUCAGCGAAGAAAACAUGAUGAGGAUGUCCAGGAACUCUUAGUAGGACCUGAGGGAGUGGAACUUCAUGAGCUAGAAGAAGCUUGGGGCGGCGAUGCAUUACCAAUUGCUGUCUCACCACUGGCCCAGCAGGUUCGGCAUUCAUCUGGCAUUUCGCCAAACGCGUGGUAUCAAGCGGUCUGCUUCUAUGUCCGGGCUUGAUGACGGGAGGGGCACUGCGGACACCAGCACGAGCGCCAGUUUAGCCCGGAAUGCCCCGGGGGCAAGCUCGUUGGAAUUGUACCUCGUUCCGGAUUUCUUCUCGCCUUCUUCUGCACCACUUCCGCUCAAAGAGGACGCUGGUGCUGUGCCGCUCACUCCAACACUGGAAGCUCCGAUUCUGAUUCAUACAAUUGAGCCUGUAUAUCCUGCCAUCUACGCGACCCAAGUUGAAUCACUCCCUGUAUUCGCCACUGCUUUCGGAAAUAGCCCCCGCCUUCUUCGUCGCAUUGACAAUGACUACGUGAACCUGACAACCCUCGCUACCCUUUCCCAACCUCCACUUUUCGCUGAGAAGCUUUCGGUCCUCCUUAGUUCUUGCCGCAAUUCACAUACGAUUCCUUUCCCUUCGUCAUCUUGUUCUUCAGCCGGUGGCCUAUCCGGUUUCUGGAUUCCACUUGCGGACGUGCAGCGCCUUUGUGCACAUGGUGAUUUGAAUAUCCCUGCAUGUGUAGGAGAGCAGUUUUUGAGCGACAUCCUCCCAGACUUAUUCCCUGAGGGGAUUGCACAUGCGAGCAGGGCGUACAAGAAAGCAGGUGUGGGGAUGGCCGGUUUAGGACUUCAUGCGUGUCCGACCCCUCAACCCCUUUAUCAGCCUCGAGCUAUUGUAGAUGAUGAUGUGGGAUUUGACCGGCCACCCGCGAAGAGGAAGCCUGGGCGUCCCCGUCGUGCGCUUACAGAAGAGAGCAUGUCAACACUGAAUCGGUCCAAAAAGAUAGCACAUGUUAGCAACGGUAUCCGAAGGGCUUCUGUCCCCACAACUCCUGCUCGGAAUGCGACGAGGGCUUCGUUGAGAAGCAGCGUUCGGUCUGCCGCGAGUGCUUUCGCUGCCUAACGCUGUUUCAUCAUCCCCUACAAUGGACUAAUUAUUGUGCUUCUGGGUCCCUGGUUCGACUUCGUUU